CCAAUUCCAAUCCACUAAUUUAAGCAAGGGAUAAACUAAAGUGGACAGUGCUUUUUCUUUUUUGUAUGGUCUAAAAACCACUCUCAAUUACUUUCAAUUCCAGAGAGAGAACAAACGGAAUCAAUGGCAGCUCCCGUUAAGGUGUACGGACCACCCAUGUCCACGGCAGUGUCCAGGGUUCUGGCCUGUCUCAUUGAGAAAGAUGUUGACUUUCAGCUCAUUUCACUCAACAUGUCCAAAGGCGAACACAAGAAACCUGAAUACCUCAAGAUCCAGCCUUUCGGCCAAGUUCCAGCUUUUCAAGAUGAGAGCAUUUCACUCUUCGAAUCCAGAUCCAUAUGCCGCUACAUAUGCGAGAAGCAUGGAGAUAAAGGGAACAAGGAGUUGUACGGAACAAACCCAUUAGCUAAAGCCUCGAUAGAUCAGUGGUUAGAAGCGGAAGCUCAAAGCUUUAACCCACCGAGCUCAACUCUGGUGUUUCAGCUUGCGUUCGCCCCUUUGAUGAAGAUCAAACAAAACCCUUCUGCGAUCAAGGAGAACGAAGAUAAGUUGGCUAAGGUUCUACAGGUUUACGAUAAGAGACUCGGGGAGAGUCGUUUCUUGGGUGGGGAUGAAUUUUCUCUGGCUGAUCUUUCUCACUUGCCAAACACCCAAUACUUAAUCAGCGCGGCUAAGGAUAAGAUGGAGGACCUUUUUACUUCCAACGACAAUGUGGGCAGAUGGUGGGCUGAGAUUUCAAGUAGAGACUCGUGGAAGGAGGUGGUUCGGAUGCAGAACAACACUCCCAAUUGAUUCCCUUCUCUUCUCCUUUCUCAUUCAAAACCUUCGUCGUUUUCAAAUUUUAUUCUCCUUUCAAUAAAUUUUUAUGUGUACCGUAACAGUAUUCCAAGGUUUAAAACAUUACUUUCUUUUUUUUUUUGUUGACAAUGAACAAUUUCAAGGUUUAAAACAUUAUAAUUAUUAUUAUGCA